AUGGCAGCUAGCUCGCCUUGCAGCGCUUUCUCACCCUCCAUCAUCCUCGCUUCUAACCCUCGCCUCCACCUUCCAGGAAGCACGGAUCCACCAUCCGAAGCCAAUCCGCCCACGCAAAAGGUAUGGCUUGUCUUUGGCGCAACCGGCCAGAUUGGUCGGUCGUUGGUGAAGACUGCUUUGCUUCAUGGCGACAAUGUCGCAGCUGUGGGGAGGACGCUGGAGAACACCAUGGCGCAAAUGCAGGGCUGGCAUGAGCGAUGCUUGGGCCUGCUGUGCGAUGUCCGAGUGCGGGAUACAGUGAAAGCAGCACUGGACCGUACCAUAGCGCAUUUCGGAAGGGUGGACAUUAUUGUGAAUUGUACUGGGUACGGCGUAAUUGCCGCCUGCGAGGAUCAAGACACCUGCGACUUGCGCUCCCAGUUCGAAACCAACUUCCUUGGCACCCUGAAUAUCAUCCAGUUGUCCUUGCCGUACUUUCGAGCCCAAUCUGUCAAACGGAAGGAUCCUGAACGGGAGAACGCAGGCCGCUACCUUAUCUUCAGCUCCACUUCCGGCGCCCUAGGCGUGCCCGGUCUCGGGCCGUAUUGCGCGACCAAGUAUGCUACAGAGGGUCUGAUCGAGAGCAUGCUCUACGAGAUCGACGCUUUCGGCAUCAAGGCUACACUGGUGGAACCGGGACACGUACGGUUGGAUGAGCCCACAGGCUUAGACGACAAAGCCCUGGACGCCUCAAUAUCAAACGUAGGUGCUGCGCAUAAGCUUAAGCGGUACGGACACUUUCUCGUCAAGAAGCCGUCACCACCAUACGACACGGAGACCGCGCCAGCCGGUCACGCAAGGCGUGUCGUGCAAUGGCUGGCCGACAGGCAGCCCUCGUCGGCUGUCAAGUCGGCGGAGUUGGUUUGGCAGCUGGGUCACUGUCGGUAUCCGCCGCUCCGACUGUUGCUGGGUAGCUUCGCAGUGGAGAGCGUGCGAGAUAGGCUGCGCAGUGUCAUCGAGGAAAUCGAGGACUGGAAGUACCUCAAUUUCCCGGUUGCUGGCGAGGAGAACGGGGUCAACGGGAAGGGCAGGAAAGGCAAUGAUAAAGGUGAUGCGGCUAAUGAUGACGAAGACGCGAGAGGCGAAGGUGCGGAGGCCGAAAUGGAUGUCGAUGUCGACGAUGCAGAAGGCGAAGAGGACGCUAAUGCAGGCGCUGACUAUGACGCUGGCGACGACCCUCAGACCGAAGAAGACGGAUAA